GCUAGCGCUUGCAAUCUACGCAGAGAAAAAUUACUAGAAUGCCAACCAGCGUCCACUAGCGCCUUUUACUCCCGCCCGCACUGCGUGUGUUAUUCAGCCCCGCACACUGCCUAUGCUGCUGUCAGCGAAUCCACCAAUACACAUGCACCGUAGCAGCUCAGUCACGGCUAAAAAUAGAAGGGGCCCCUCUCGAUCUUUCAACAGACUCAGCAUAGAGACGCCCUCAGUACAGUAAAAGCCUCGCGCUAACUUGUCGCCUUAAUUAAGAUUGAGUCGUAAGACAUGAAAUGUCUUCGCUUGAAUAAGUUUACCUUUAGAAAGUUGAACACCAUGGAAACAGUUUCCCGCCGAAAGGUUUGAGCUGAGUCACCCGCUUUUUUUUUCUCUUUUUUUUUUUUUUGCGGUCACCUCGUACUUGCUGACUCAUCAUAUUGGCACGCAGCGCGCCAAGCACUAGGAAGGCUGACUGGCGUAAACUACGUAAUUUCUGGUUUCGUGUAAACUGCGGCUCCUGCAUGGUGAACUCUUCAUUUCACGUUGGUGAAUUUUGGUUCUACACGCUGAAUUUGGAUUUAUACAACCUUUUCAAGGACUGAGUUUGCUGAAUAUGAGCAAAAAGAUAUUUUUAUCGCAAGUAAAGAACGAGGAGUCCAUUGCACGAGCUAACUUGGCAGAGUCGCCAAAGUGGUUACAUGAUGUCGUCUCAGACGAUGAGCUGGUUAGCCUGUCUGUCAAAGAGCUCAACAGGAUCCUCAAAGGAAUGUCCAGGGAGGAGGUGGUCAAACUGAAGCAACGUCGACGCACACUUAAAAACAGAGGAUAUGCUGCCAACUGUCGAGAGAAGCGUAUAUCUCAGAAAGAGAUUUUAGAGACAGAGAAACAUCAGCUGAAAGCUGAGGUCGACCGGCUGCAGCGAGAAAAUGACGUGGUCAAAAUGGAGUUGUCAGCUUUACGGUCAAAGUGUGAGGCGUUGGAGAGAUUUGCAGAGCUAAACAACAUAUGUAUUCCUAUGUCUUUGCCACCUGUUACAGCCACACAUGCUUCUGUCAUCGUCAAAACAGAGCCUAUUCCGCACACAACUGUCUCCUAACAUAGGGUUUGCUUUGAGUCCAUCAUAGAAAGGGAGAUAAAACAACGAGAUAGUGUAACCCCUGUAUUCCCGGUCAAUAACUGUGUACAUAACACUUCAAGAGCACGAGGAACACCUCAACAUGGAUUCGGCAAACACAUGAAAAUCUCCCAUUGCCAGACUUGCAUUAACAGAUGUGACAAUUUGAGCCUUAUAUUUCUUGACACCCCACCAGAAUUUAUGCUGCAUUGGCCAUUGGUAGAUCCCUUGCAUUCCAUCUUUGUCAUCUUCACAUAGUCGUCGCCUUAGCUACCAUUUAGAUGAGUCUUGAUGUGACCAAGUUUUAACGUUGUCAGAGAAGUGAGAAGGAGUUCUGAGAGACCUGAAAAGUACAGCAUCUAAGAUGGAGAGGGGAGAAAAAGUGUUGAUGUAUUAUUUUUUUUUAAAGACUAACCAACCAUGAAAAUAGGUAAAGUGUUUGGGGAUGAUCAUUACUUGUAUGUAUGGAAACAACAUGGUGAAUUACGCACAUAAGCUCACAUGCAUGGCAGAGCAGAGCUUUUAUCCUUGCUCUCAAGCAUCAACAUUCUUUCCCAGCAUUUAACAUCUUCUAAAACUUCUGAUAUACACACCCCCUCCACCCAUUUAUCUGUGCAAAAGGUCUGGGGGGGGGGUGUUUCCUUGAGUGAUUUGGUAUUUUCAUUAAGAUAUCAGAUGUUAAAUUUGUCUACUAUGCUACUUGUGCAGAAUUUGAUUUAACUAGUCAAAAGUACAUUAUGAUAUACAUUUUUAUUACUUUGUGAACUAGCUUCCAGGGUUACUGUUGGCAUAUGUAAAAUGAGGACGCAGGGUUGCAUACCCCCUUACCAUUUAUUUUAUUUUUUUAAAGAAAUAUCUUUCUCUUAGCUAUGAUUCAUAGUUUUCUUGGGGCAGGGGACAACACUUCUGUGAAAAACAUAUGUUUUUCCAUUGGCUCCGUGCCAACUUGAAAUUAUCCAUGAGAUUCGUUUUCUUCCCAUCACAUUCUCCUCUGUGCUGCUGACUCAAAAUUCAACACAUCUCAUCUUUGAUUAAGUUUUUGCCAGUAGUGUUGUGCUUUAUAAAGUCCCUGUACAAAUCAAAAGAUCAACAUGGUCUGCAUCAUCUUAAAGUUGUUUUGAGACUGCAAGUCUGUUAUCGAUAUGAAUGUGUUCAGAGUGAAAAAUUGGUCGUUGAUGGUUAUUUUACAUUUAUAAAUGGAUUCCUUUUUUCCCUUAUCGUAACAUUCUCAGAAGAAUAUAUUGACUGACAUGAACUUCACUGAACCUGGAUUGGUACAUCAUAUUCUUGGCAUGGCUUUAGUUUUGCCCUUAAUUCUGCACGCUGUGUGUGCAUUUGAUACCGCUUAACCCAUGUACACUGCUGUUAAGGGCAGUAAAGGAAUGAAAUAAAGUUUUACUGCUGCAACUCGCAAGUCACCUGUGUAAAAUAGUUUUUACAGGAAUAACCAAAAACAAAGUAAUGCCAAUACUUCACUCUGUAUGAAGACUUUUUUUUUCCUAAUUUGCUCCUCAUGGUACUUUUGUUCCCAAUCUCACUACUUCAUUCUCCACCACUCCUUAAGAAAUAUGUUCACUUUCGAAAGUUUCUGCAGUUGUAAACGAUGUUCUCUGAUUAGCCCAUGCCAAGAUUUCUUGUGCUGUCAUUUUUUGUUUGACAAGUUUGAAUGCCAGAUAUUUUUUCUGCUGGCAGAAAUCAUUAAGUUGCUAGCAUUAGUUUAAGUACUCAUUCAAAAUUGCUAACAGUUUUCAUCUCUUCAACGAAGCUUUAAAAACUAAAUCUUCACCAUAUCAUUCUUAACUAUUGUCAUGCAAUCUGCAUGCACUACAAGAAGAAACCUUGGGUCAGGAGAGAUAACUCUUCAAAUCCCAAAUGAGUAGGCUACUUCCCUUUGAGUUUACCAAACCAGUUUUUGUUCUGUUAUCCUGAACACAAAAUUGAAAGCAGAAAGGUUUUGCACUUGAAAGUCAAACAGCUAGGUGAAUAUGUAUACAAUGGAUAAGAUGAAUAUCAACUUACCUUUUCUUGACCCUGUGUUUGUCCCAUGAAACAAUUUAUGUUAAUCCCAUUUGACAGUUUGGAGUGGAUAAAAUUUGUUCAGCUGAUGUUUUCUAUACUAUUUAAUGUGCUUUUAAAAAGUUGAAUCUCAGAAUGAUUUUUUUUUCAAAUGAGGAGGCAGAGAAAUGUCCAAAAUCCAAGCGGAAAAUGAUGACAGCUUUUUCAGAGACCUUUUAAGAAAUUAUUGCGAGAAUGAUAAUUUUGAAACAAAUUUGUACUUUUAAGAGAUUCACAUUUAUAGAUACUGCUCAAUACACUGGGCCCUGUGUGCUACUGUAAUUCAAGCUUUUGUCACUCCACUUUAAUGCAUUAGCAGAAAAAAUACAAAUACUUUUGUUGAGAUAAAAAGUGUUGCUCUGAUAAUGUUUGCUGUUAUGAAAUGUUUGCAUACAUUUUUUUUUUUUGUUUGUUUGCUCAAAUGGACUUUUUAUACUUGAAGGGGUAAAAUGAAACUUUAUUUUCCUAGGAUGAUUGCAAGGUCACAAUGAGUCAGGAGCAACAUAUGAAAACUACAUAAAAAUCUGAAUAAAGUUUCAAUUAUCUGUCCAUUAGAAAGAAUUUAUCAAGUAAUUUCUAAAAGAAAUGUAGUUGGAAAUAGUUAUGGAAACUUGUGGAACUUACCCCCAGCACAGACAAUUUUUUCUAAGCAUGUUUUCAGAUCAUCAGUAGAUAAUAAUUGUACAUGCAGAGAGAAAAAGCCAACCGCAGAAAUAUCUUGUGAACAGAUCUUUUCAGGGGAAAAAGCAAAAUGAGUAGACUGGUCUGAGAUCUUUCAUUGUCUACACCAGUGUGAUGCAAAAUUGUAGGCAUGCAUCAUUUGCAAAGCAUUUUGUUAAUGUGUGUCUCAAGGGUUCAGCUUUGUAUGUAACACUUUUCUGUCAAACGUUUUUGAGCAAGGUAAUCCACACACAGACUUGGAGAUACGAAACCUGUAUUAUUUUUAAUGGACACUGGAGAAAAUGGAUUGUAUGCAUAACAUUUAUGAUAAUAGUUUAUUUCUGGCGGUAUUAUUUAAAAGAAAAGCUUACAGUGUUUCCUCAUAGGAGAAAUAUCCACUGUCUACAACUUUUACUUCUUGAAAGUCUUUACAUAAUGUGUAAGAUAGAAACUUGCAUCUUCAGUCCAGGAUAAUUGCCACUUGGGCUUACAGUGGUGUGGUGAAAAAAGAGGAUCUCCUGUAGUAAUUCUGCAAGCACACUAAAGAAAAUCUUCAAGUACAAUGUGAAAUGAAAUAAUUCAUGCAUAUUCUCUUUCCAAUUUCCUUCAAAGAUUGUGCAAUUUUUUAUUUUCAGAUUUUUUAACAGAAGCUUUUUACAUUGUAUCCUCAAACUUUUGAUGGGGAAGGCCAAAGUGUGUGUUUUCAUAUGAAGUAAAUGGUGUAGUCUGUUGUAACAGUGUGGAAUGUCGUAAAAUGGCGCACGACCAAACAUGCUUUGUCUGGUUAUUGUCUUCUACCCCCACUUCCCUACCUAUCCCAUAAGUGGUCUGUGUUGAUGGCAGUGAUAUGUGUAAUGUAUUUGAUUGACAUUUGCAUAUCCCAAGUUUUGGGUAUUCAGUGUUUGAUUACUGUGUUACUGGCAGCUGAAAUGGUGUAUUGUAGUGUUAUUAAUGUGACUUAACUCUCAAUCCAAGUCUUGAUGUCAUAUGCUGUUUGAGUCAGCUUUUCUCAAAUUGUUCAGUUUUUUAAAAAAAACUUUUUUUUUAAAUCUUGAAAAAGUUCCAUCCAGUUUUUGUCUUUGGGAAAAUAUUCAUUUUUCUUUCAAAUGUAAUUAAUAUUGCUUUUUGCCUUUGUAAUUUAAUGCGUGGCUGUGGUUUCAAAGAGUAUGUGGUCCGAGCUGUGUCGCCAUGAAAGGUUUGUACAUAUUGAUGUUGGUAUUUAUGAUGGCUUGAAUUUGGUGUACUGUUGCCAAGUAUUGAAGUGACAAAACAAAUGGAUGACGCAUUCCACAAAAAGGUUGUUUCUAUGCAUAUGACAAGAUAUAUUUUUAUCUUGACCCUUUUUUAAAAAAAAACAAACAAAAAACAAGACUUGUGUGAGAGAAGUUGAAGUCUGCUAUGUGGAUUUUCUAGCUCAUAUGAAUAGAUGUGAGGUGAGUGGCGUGCCAUUGAUGGAAAGAUGGCAAUUUUGAGACUAAAUUGAAAUAUAAUUUUCACAUCACCAAUGUGCUUGAAAAUGAGGAGGAGACGAGUUGACAAGAAAAGAGAAACUGUUGUAAUAUAUAUUUUUUUUCCAUUUCAUGUAAUACCAUUGCUACUUGUGGCUUCCUCUCACAUUCAUUGUGAUUAUCCUUCACUGUAUCAUGACUGUGUCAUCUAACCACAAUGUUGAUUAUCAUUUAGAGUACCCGAAAGAUUACAUUUGAUGGGAGCUCAUUCCAUUGUUUCAUUUGUUUUCCUUAUUGAGCAGAUAGACUAAUUUUAGAACUCCCGGAAUUGUCUCUGUCCCCACUUGCACAACUUUUGCCUGAUGAAAUACAGCACGAGGGCUGAAUUUUAUUUCCGUCCUAGUUUAUUUAUAUUUGUGUAGUGCAGAAAAUAAAGUAAAGCUAAACAAAGUGCCAAGUCAGCAGAGGGAAAAAAAUAGACGAGUGGUCAGCUGUUUUAAUAGUCUAUUUAUUUCCUAGUGACAUUGAAAAACUUGCUUCAUUUUCCUAGUUUAGCAUUCAAUAACAGUAAAGAAGAUUCUUGUGCUAGCUUAGAAAGUGGGAAGUAAAGAGGUGGCUAGAAAUUAAAUACAGGCACUCUAGCAAAAGGGUUAUGUGUCAACACUUCUUAGCUCUCCCAGUCCUAUCCCCACCUCCCACUAUCUUUCAAAGUUUUCAGUUUGGCAAAUCAGUCAACAAAUGCCUAAGCUGAUGGUACUGAUUUUGGUCAAACAUCUUUGUAGAAUGUUUUAAUUUAUCAUUGCUUUUGUCUUUUUGCUCAGUAUUUUUCAUCUUCAUGUCUAUAAUUGUCUCAAAAAAGCACGGCAUUCUAAAAUAUCGUGAAACAAUCUACAGCUUUUUAUUGCGUAUUAUCACUCCACAUACUUUGCACUUGCUGAUUGCAGCACAGUUACAUGGAUUGUGUUUGUAUAGAGGAAGACACACAGUGACUCUCUCAAGAAUUUUUUUUUUAGAAUUUGGAAAAUAGCUUUGUUGAUAACAAAAGAGAUAAUAUUUGUUUUGGAACUGAAAGGGCAUAAAAAUUAUUCACGACCAUUCAUUACUUGGGUGAGGACUGUCCAACACUAGUUGUUCAAAGUACUGGUUUUGUACAUAUGACUGUUAAUAAUAUUGGACAUGCAUCUCCAUAUUCUUGGAGUCCUACCUUUUGUUUACAGAUAAACAAUACAAGUGAAAUGCAAUUCUAACAGACAAGUUUUAGAACAGUUUGAGAUGUAAAACAGAGGUAUGAUAAAUCCACAGCGGUUAGCUGUAAAAUUAUAGUUUUAAAAAUCAAUUAUAAUUUUUAAAGUUCUGUAUGCAAUAGUGUGAAAAAAGUAUUUGUCAGUGUUUUAGACAGGCUUAACAGCUGACAUUUUUGCAGAACUGAUAUUGGCAAAAAGUUUGAUUUCAACCAUGAAGCAUGGAUACCCCUGAAGCAUAUACCGGUAACAGAGGUGUGAGAUUAUUUUAUGAACAGGGCAUUCCUGGUAAUGCCCUUUGUUGUUUGUCGCUUGCAUUUAUGUGUAAGUCUAUGGUGUUGUGAUCAGAGGAUCUGUUGUUGAUAGUGUUCAGUUUGGGGCUUUGUUCAUGGGUCUACGGCUUUUAUGUUCCUGCCGAGGUGAUGGCAACGGGUUUUCUUUGAGUCGUGUUACAGUAAAUCAUAUGUUUUUGAGUGUAACACAGUGUUUAGACUGUUCCUUUGACUUCGGUUUAUUUAGUCAGAUAUUUGCGAUUGUAUUGUGGAAAGACAAGUAGCGUUUAAUGAUAAUGUGGAAAGGGAUAAACAAAGAUAUGAUGCACACUACGCACACUUUACAUAUGUUUGCUGGGUGAUUUCAAGCAGAUUGGCGUCCUACUGAGAUCGGUACACGACCGGCAGUAUUUAUAGAAUUGGGAGUACUUUUAAUUAGUGGGGAGCUUAUUUGAACCUUUCUCUUUUGUCCAUACGAUAGGUCUCUUCACAGUAUCAAGAAAAUCUCAGCAUUGCAUCACGGGAUGCAACAGGUAUAAUGAGUGAGAUUCACUUAAAUUACAGGUUUUGAAAAGGGUGGGAAAUUGUAGCACUUCAAUCAAAUUUCAAAAACGCUUUCCCCUUAUCACUGCAGAUUACAUUGCGGUAGAAAGUACCUAGGUCUCAGAAUUUAGGUUUUGAAGAUCAGAACUCGCUUUUCUGAGUUGUUUUCCCCGUAAUUCGGCAAGGAACGUGCAAUGAAAGAAAUUACAAACAAAAAAGACUGCUGUUCAUUGUUGCCACGAACUUUUAUGUUAAUGUACAGUGCUGUAACAACAUCACGAUCAUUCCAGCCUAGGUUUAUCAUAGUACUUGUCAUCAUUGUGUUACUUUUGGAAAUGUGUGCAUGUCCAAGUGUAAUAAAUACAUCGUCACAAAGUC